AUGUCCGUCUCCAACCACCCCGCCCUCUGGAAGCAGCCCGCGCCCACCCACUCCACCUUCAACGACUACAACACCUUCCCCCUCGCCCAGACUAACCGCGCCCACCAACAACCCGUCUCUCACACGUCCCAGCCUAUCGUCACCGGUACCUCUGUGCUCGGUGUCAAGUUUGAUGGGGGUGUCAUGAUUGCUGCUGACAACCUUGGUUCUUAUGGAUCUCUUGCGAGGUUCAAGGAUAUUCAGCGUCUGCAUCCUCUUGGCAAGAACACUUUGAUUGGCGUUGCUGGUGAUAUGGCGGACUACCAGUGGUUGAAGAAGGAGCUCGACGCUUUGUUACGCGAAGAAGACACAUUCAACCACACCGACUCCCACCCCUCCCUCUCACCUUCCAACCUCUACACCCUCCUCUCCAACCUCUUCUACGCCCGUCGUUCCAAGGUCGACCCCAUCUGGAACGCCGUCCUCCUCGGCGGCGUCGACCCCAAGUCUGCCGAGCCUUUCCUCGCUUACGUUGACUUGCUCGGUACGACUUACACUGCGCCGACGUUGGCGACGGGUUUCGGCGCGCAUUUGGCGCAACCGCUUCUGAGGGAAGCGUAUGAGAAGAAGGCGGGGACUGAUGGGAAGGGACCAAAAUUGACAGAGGCGGAGGCGGAGAAGUUGGUGGAGGACUGUAUGAAGGUGUUGUUCUACAGGGAUGCGAGGAGCAUCAACAAGUACCAAAUUGCGACCAUCACAGCAGAGGGUAUCAGGAUCAGCGACUCGAGGUCUGCUGCCACCGAGUGGGGCUUUGCCGAGGGUUUGAGAGGGUACGGCGCGCAGCUUCAGUAA